UUCAAUUGAGUCCAUGAACAUAGAUGUUUCCUAAGCUCUUGAGCUCCCCUAUCUCAUCAACUGACGUACAUUUCGAGUUUCACUCAUCAUUCUUCAAUUCCUUUUAAAUCCAAACAUACAGUCAACUACUACAAUCACCAAUGGAUCCCUGCCCAUUCGUACGUUUGAUUGUCGAAUCUUUGGCUCUCAAACUCCCACUUGCCGCCCCUAAACCAGCCGGUCCGGGAGUUCAUCCAUCCGCCACUCCAUGUUUUUGCAAGCUCAAGAUCAAGAAUUUCCCUUCACAAACUGCUCUUGUACCGCUUUCCACAUCACCCAACGACUCUCCACCCGAAUCCUCUACCUCCGCCUUGGGUUUUCACCUCGACGCUACCGCCAUCCGCCGCCUCUCAGCCAAGCCCGUCACUCUUCGCGUCUCCGUCUACACGGGUCGCAUGGGUAGCUCGUGCGGCGUUAACUCCGGCAAGUUGCUGGGGCGUGUACACGUAAUUAUUGACCUCUCAGGAGCUGAGUCUAAGCCAAUUGUGUUCCGUAAUGGGUGGCUGAAGCUGGGAAGUACUGAGACUGAAAAGCCUUCGGCUCGGCUUCACUUAAUGGUCCGGGCUGAACCAGACCCCCGGUUUGUUUUUCAGUUUGGCGGGGAACCGGAGUGUAGUCCUGUCGUUUUUCAGAUUCAAGGGAAUAAUAAUAUCAGGCAACCUGUUUUCAGCUGCAAGUUCAGCGCUGACCGAAACUCAAGAUCCAGAUCUCUGCCAUCAGAUUUUACCAACAAUAACGCCAACAAUCGAGGAUGGAUGAGAACAUUUUCAGGCGAAAGAGAACGACAAGGAAGGGAGCGCAAAGGAUGGAUGAUAAUGAUAUACGACUUAUCCGGCUCUCCAGUGGCAGCCGCCUCCAUGAUCACUCCAUUUGUUCCGUCACCAGGAUCCGACCGCGUGUCCCGUUCAAACCCUGGCGCAUGGCUGAUCCUCCGGCCUCACGGUUUCUCCGUAAGCAGUUGGAAACCAUGGGGCCGUCUCGAAGCAUGGCGUGAGAGAUGCCCGAUUGAUGGGUUAGGUUACAAGUUUGAGCUCGUUACCGAUAGCGGCCCUAACAGUGGAAUCUCCAUUGCUGAAGCGACAAUGAAUGUAAAAAAGGGAGGCCAAUUUUGCAUUGAUAGUAGGAUUAUGAGAGAUUCUUUAGUGAGUUUAAGAUGUCCAGUUAAAGGAUUCGUGAUGGGUUCGAGUGUAGAAGGUGAAGGAAAGGUUAGUAAACCUGUGGUACAAGUUGGGGUGCAGCACGUGACUUGCAUGGCGGAUGCUGCACUGUUUAUAGCACUUUCAGCCGCCAUUGAUCUGAGCAUGGACGCUUGCAGACUUUUCUCACAUAAACUUAGAAAGGAGCUUUGCCACGAUGAACAAGAUGUCUUCUCUUAAAACGGAUUCUUUCUUGUGCAGUGAUAACCAAUUAUGAGUAAAGCACUAAUGGUUGGAGCAUAGAAGAUAUAUAUUUUGCGACUUCCUUUGAUCUUUUUCCCCAGGUUUAGAAGUGUGGAUGCCGAUCGCUUUCCGGAUUUUGGGAGGCUCUUUUUCCGGUUGAUUAAUUCCCCGUGAUUUUGGUCCUUUGAGUUGAUAUAUAAAUCGAUGAUUUCUUGCUGGUUUUGAUUCUGAAAUUAGUUUUGGGUUUUGUCGACAUUUAAUUUAUUUAUGCGUAGAGGUUUUGAUCCUCUGGCUCUGAGUUUAUACCUUACAGAUUGGAAGUUCAAAGUGUACAGAAAAACAAAUUAAGGAAAAAUGU